ACAGUGGUGCCAUAUUUAAAAUAAUAAAUUCAUGUGGUUUAUUAUUUUUUGUUUAUUUGCUGUGUACGUGUAGUUUAAAUUUAUAAAUUUAUUGAAUUUAUAAAGAAGGCGUAAGAAUAAAUAAGAUAAGAUGUUCAAAAAAUUUGAUGAGAAAGAUAGUGUUUCUGGGGUCCAACAAUUGAAAUCUUCGGUCCAGAAAAGUAUCCGGUCUAAAUUAUUAGAAUUAUAUCCGCAUCUUGAAAGUCAUAUUGAUCAAAUAAUACCAAAAAAAGAUUCUUUCCGGCUCGUCAAAUGUCACGAUCAUAUUGAAAUUAUGGUAAAUGGUUCUGGGGAACUGUUAUUUUUUCGCCAACGAGAAGGACCGUGGAUGCCUACAUUAAAACUUCUUCACAAAUAUCCAUUUUUCUUGCCAGUAGAGCAAGUUGACAAAGGCGCAAUAAAAUUUGUUCUCAGUGGAGCUAAUAUUAUGUGUCCUGGUCUGACAUCAAAGGGAGCAAAAAUGACUCAAGUGUCAAAGGGAACUGUUGUUGCUGUUAUGGCGGAAGGAAAGCAACAUGCUUUAGCCGUAGGUGUGACUACACUAUCAACUGAAGACAUAGCGAAAAUAAACAAAGGUGUUGGUGUUGAAAAUUGUCAUUAUCUAAACGAUGGUUUGUGGCAGAUGAAACCCGUCAAGUAAUAAAAAAAAAAAGAUAAUUAAGGUCUUAUUUAUACACUAAUUUAUAUCACGAUUAAUGUGAAAAAUUGGACAACCUUGUCAUUAAUUAUUGCCAUUGAAUAUUGGUUGUAAUUUUUUAUUUGUAUAAAUGAAAUCAUCAACUUUA